AUGUGCGUGUGCGUGUGUAUAUCAGGACUGAACGCCCAACAGGCAGCUGAAUGCCCCAUGAUAGGAUGUUCGUCAUCAGGUUCAUUUUCAUUCCAAUCACUGCUCAGUGUUCAUGCAGACAAGGUGGCUGUUUUGUGGGUAACACAGCUGUCGUCGUUGCCGCUGCCAUCCACCUCUCAGCUUGGCUGCGUCACUGACGGCGGUCACGUCGUGUGCCCGACCAUAUCGGGUUAUGUGAGUUUGGAUCCCAAAACUGGAAAUAUAUUGUGGAACAGACCUCUGAGACAAGCUACUCUGCCUGUUAUGAAUGCAUUAGGUGACGUCAUCGGCUGUAACGGAACCUUCCUGGAGAAGAUCGACUCAGAGGGCACCGUUGUGAAACCAGUAAUCCUUCUUUACCCACCACUGUCGCCAAUAUACAGUUUGAUUGCCACAGACGACAACGCUAUUUUGAUUGCAUCUGAAAAUGGCAGUUUGGUGGCCUAUGAAACAAAUGGUGUACCACUGGCGAGCCGGCGUCUUCGCGGAACCGUGGAGAGAAUUAACGGGACCUUCAAGCCGAUAGCAGUACCCGUCAUUGCUGGUCACCGCGCCUAUGUCAUCACGCAGUUUGUUCCCGAUCCAGGACAGUUCAUACCGCACACAAAAAAGAUGCAACGACUCUAUGCAGUCGACAUUCUUCAGGUAAUGGUCAACAAGCUUCGUAUUAAAUGGGUGUUCAACUUUGAGGCAGAAAAACAUAGACCGAAAGUAAACCAACCCAUUAACAAUGAAAUAUGUCACGAUCCAGUUCUGCUCUACGAUGAAGGAAUCAUAUACAUCAGCCUGACGCCCCCUACCGGUUGUUCUGUGAAUAGUAAUACCUACAUAUGGGCUCUUCGUGAUGAAGGAUCGAGUGCAACAGUUGUGUUUAAAAAAGUCCUUGCGCCGUCUGACUUGGCAAAAUUUCCACAAACCGAAUCGACGUCUGCAAGUAAAUUAAACGGAUUUGUUCAGAUGUGGAGUAGCGAUAAUGAAGAAAGAAAAUCGAGGUUUCGACUCAAGAACCGAAAACGCAGCAAUGGUCCUUUGUCGGAUCGUUCCAACACAAAUCCAAUUCGGGGUAUGUCUCUUCUGUGGACAGUGUCCAAGCAAGGGAAGGAGAUUCUAGGUCUAAAUCCUACAACCGGAUACGUUAUGUCCACUAUUCACGUAGCCGCCAUUCUCCAAGUUCAGUCCGUUUUAAUAACUUCCAAGGUCAUGGUCACACGAACGACUUCAGGACAAGACGUUUUGAUCUUUGGUGUGAAGGUUUCAAACCAGUCCAAAACUCAAGCUAAAAACAUGCUAGUCUGUAUUCAAAUACCCCAGCCAAUCACACCCAUGGAACCCGUGUUGCUAUGGCAAGUUCCGUCUCCUAAAGGGGGAGAGAUUAUAGGGCAAAUCAUUCCAGUUAGUUUGUUGCCUGCUAACAAAGUGGCCACACUAAAAUAUGAGAAACAAAUAAUGGCAUUAGUGUCAAUGGAAGUAAAUACGAAUGGAGAAUACGUAUUCGCUGUAUCUCAAAGUGUUUAUUAAGAGUCAUCUUACACUAAAUUUUCCCCAUGUCGUAGUUCGAGGUGCUGACUAAUAUUUACGAAGAUUAAAAAAACUGCAACUCUGA